AUGCCCGCUUCCAACCUUCCUGUCCGUGCCUCCCGGCUUCCGAAUCGCGGCUCCAAGCUGCCCUCGCGCAUCGUCAACGAUGAGAACGCCGGACGAAGUGCACCUGUGGUCAAGUCCAGUGCUCUCCCAAGGCGCCCUCUUGGCAACGUGACCAACGCUUCUGCGCUCGAUGCGCCCAAGCCCGUGGUCAAGCCCGCGGCGCGCAAGGCCUCUUCGGUCUACACCAGUGCCGGCUUGCUGAGCGCGACGAACGUGGACCAGCCUGCCCGUCGCCUCUACCUUCCCAAGGAGACCUUCCUCCAGGCGACGCACUCCAGCAUCGACGACUUCGACUCGGACGACGAGUGCGAGGACCUUCUUAGCAUCUCCAUCGACGCACCCGCCGAUGAUGAGGUCCUCGUCCCUACGCCCAGCAUCCGUCUGCUUGCACCCACCGGCCGCGUUACCGACCGUUUCGAGUCCACUGUGCGUUACCACGCCAUCAUCAACGAGGAGGCUGCCAAGGAGGCGAACACUCCCAUCUGGCUUCCUACCGGAUUCCUCACUGCUCCUCCGGCCUACCCCGAUGCCAACCCGCUCCCCAGCUACGGUACCCUUGACGAGGUUACUAAGGCUGCGCAGGAGGACGACGAGGUCGAGCUCCUCCUGGACAUCGACUUGGACUGCGCUCCCCAGGACGGCGAUGUGCUUGUUGAGACCCCGAGCAUCGCCGUCCUCAGCCCCCAGGACAAGGUUGUCGACGAGUUCCGUUCUGAGAUCCUUCACCACUGGGUCGCUGCUGCGGUUCCCGAGAGCGCUCCGGGCUUUGGUCGUCUGUGGACCCCCAGCGGUUUCCUCGACGCCGACAACGCUCGCCUUGAGCUCCUCGAGUGCGACUACCCCGACAGCCUUCAUGAGCAGACCCGCUCGCGCCACGACGACGCGUACUUCGCGCAGGCUUCGUUCAUCAUGCCUCGCGAGGACGACAUCGACGUCGGCGUUCCGGACAUCAGGAUCGUUAACGAUGCCGGGAAGAUCCUCGACGAGCUCAUGUCUGCCACUGCUUUCUUCUGGGUCGCACCCGAUGUCAAGCCUACCAAGCCUACGCCCGUUCCCUCGAGCGAGACCAUCCACAAGUGGUUCGCCGAGCGCAAGUCGGAAGUUGAUGUGCAGCCUCCCUUCGGUUACGAUCCUAAGCCCGUCUCUGAGCCGGCCGUCGCCAAGCUUCCGUUCCCUUACGGCCGCGGCUGGUCUCGCAAGGACAUCGAGGCCAACGAGCGCAUCGUGCACGGUAGUGUUCGUUUCCCGGAGCUUCUCCCGCCCUGCACCCCCGAGCCCAAGCUCCGUCGCGCUCGUAAGGUCCGGGCCCCGCGCAAAUCUACCGCCGCUCCCGCUCAGAAGGAUAAGAAGGGUGUUGCGAAGGAACUGUUCAAGAAGGAGAAGAAGGCGCUCAGGAACGCUCCCAAGGCGCUCAGGAACGCUCCCAAGGCGCCCGUCGUGGCGCCCGUCCACGUUGAGAUUCCUGCUCCCAUCGUCGAGGCUCCCGCUCCCAUCGUUGAGGCUCCUACUCCUGUCGUCACGGCCCCUACUCCCGUUGUCGAGGCUCCCGUUCCCGAGCCUGCACCCGUCGUUACGCCUGCACCGAGCCAGCCUCCAGCCUCUCGUCUUCGUGCUCCUGCUUUCACGAGUCGCAUGCCGCGUCCAGCGUUCAUCCCUGCACCUGCUGCGCCCGUCACUGCGCCAGUCUCGCCCAAGAAGCGUGCGAUCCGCCGGCCCAGCGCUCUUCCUCAGCCGGCGGCUUCGUCUCGUCCCAUCUCGCUCCCCGCGACUUCGGCUCCGGUAGCCAAGCCGCGCUCUGCCAUCCCCGUGCGCACUUCGCGCCUCCCCGUCCCUCAGGCGCGCCCGGCUGUGCCGGGUGUCGUCUGA